CAUUAGCUGUAUUCACAUACACCGUAGGCUUCUCGCCUUCAUUGACAGGGAAUAUUCAGGGAUCGCGAAAACAGAAGAUUGAUCUGCAAAAAGCCCAUGAUUGGACGACGUUCAUGAAGAGAAAUCGCAAGAGAAAGAAGAGAGAGAGAGAGAGAGAGAGAGAGAGGGCGAGGGGUGGAGAGAUUAGAAGGGAUGGAUUUCUCGACGGACAACCUGACCGGCGUCGUCUUGGCGCUCCUGUCGAGUGGGUUCAUCGGAGGUAGCUUCAUCAUCAAGAAGAAGGGCCUCCGACGAGCUGCCGUUGUUUCUGGGGUGAGAGCUGGUGUUGGUGGGUAUGCGUAUUUGUUGGAACCUCUGUGGUGGGUGGGCAUGAUCACGAUGAUUGUUGGAGAGGUUGCGAAUUUCGUAGCUUACGCAUUCGCCCCGGCGGUGCUUGUCACUCCUCUCGGUGCUUUAAGUAUAAUAGUGAGUGCCGUGCUGGCUCACUUCAUCUUGAAGGAGAAACUACACAAGCUGGGGAUCUUAGGCUGUGUGAUGUGCAUUGUUGGGUCUGUCAUAAUCGUCGUCCACGCACCACAAGAGAGUCCCAUCACUUCUGUUCAACAAAUAUGGAUUAUGGCAACUCAACCAGCUUUUUUGCUCUACGUCGGCUCGGUGAUCGUGCUGGUCUUCAUCCUGGUUUUCCAUUUCUCACCAAGAUGUGGACACACGAAUGUGCUAGUUUACACUGGCAUCUGCUCGUUAAUGGGCUCUCUCUCGGUGAUGAGUGUGAAAGCACUUGGGACUUCUUUGAAGUUGACUUUUGAGGGGAAGAAUCAGUUGAUCUAUCCGGAGACUUGGUUUUUUAUGUUGGUUGUGGCUACAUGUGUUAUUACCCAAAUGAAUUAUCUCAAUAAGGCACUGGACACAUUCAACACUGCCAUUGUGUCGCCUAUUUACUAUGUUAUGUUCACAACCCUUACAAUCCUUGCCAGUGUUAUAAUGUUUAAGGAUUGGGACGGUCAGAACGGUGGAGACAUCAUUUCGGAAAUAUGUGGUUUCAUUGUCGUGCUCUCGGGGACCAUAUUGUUGCACACAACCAAGGACUUCGAAAGGAGUCCAUCCUUCAGAGCCAAUGCAGGUAACUAUGCGCCCGUAUCAUCCUCACUAUCGACUCGGCUCUGCAGCGGAAACGGUGAUUCCAAAUAUGACGAGGAAAAUGCACCACCAGCCGAGGAAGUUUGCAUGAGAAGACAAUAGCGGUACUUUUAGAUGGUUUUCAAGAAGAAAUAAUGCUCACUUCACUUCAAAUUUACAAACCUAAGCGGGAGGUAAGAUUGUACAGAAUGCCCAUGAUGAUUCUCACUCCGAUUGCAUAACACACGGAACCACCCUGCAGCGCGUCUCAGCUCUUGGGUGUCAGUUAGGUUUUAUUAACCUUCGAAUAGGCCAGUCAGCAAUUACUAGGACCCCUGUACUGUGGCCUCAGUAGUCGGAGACUUGUACAGUCGGUGAGGGAAGUGAAGGAAGCAAGAUGUUGAAAAUAGUUUGGACCUUCAAGGCGAUCCAGAGUGCGCGUGGUCAUUCAGCGGACGAG